GCUGCUGACGUGGUGCCAGGGACAAAAAUUCACAUCCCUGAGGAAAUGAUGAUAGGCAAGGCGGGACUGAUUGGAUGGUGGGAAUCAACAUCUCCCUGUUUGAAUGAAGCUGGCCAGAGAGGCAGGCUGGCAAGAAACAGGUUCAGAAGCAAGAAUGAGCCUCAUGCAGAGUGGCUCUGAGUGACCUGACUGUAGUCCUCUCUCCUGCCUGCUUUACCAGCCUCAUUCUGUGUGAGAAAGAAGGCUGAGUUGCUUCAUCGCUGCCCCCAAAGCCGUCUCUCUCAUGUGCGCAUAGAGAGAAUUAGCAGCCCCUACAUUGCUACAUUAAAAGGGGAAACUGUUCCUGCAGAAGAUAACAUGGCUAAGGGAGCCAGAGGCAGCAAGGCAGCAGCCUCCUUGUGCCUGGCCUGGGUCUUCUCCCUGGCCAUAGCCUUUCUCCCUGGGCUAGUGAGGUGCCGGGAAGGCAGAGCAGACUGGACUCAGGAAAAGUAUUCCCACCGGCCAACCAUUUUAAAUGUGACACGUAUCCAACAAGUUGCUGUGCAUACAGAUGUCAAUCGAAUGUGGCAGAAUGAUCUACACCCAAUAUUGAUAGAGAGAUAUCCAGGAUCACCAGGAAGUUACGCAGUUCGUCAGCAUAUCAAGCACCGUUUGCAUGGCCUCCAGGCUGGCUGGGUUGUCGAAGAGGAUACGUUUCAGAGCCAUACGCCUUAUGGCUACCGCACGUUUUCAAAUAUAAUCAGCACCCUCAAUCCUUUUGCCAAGCGCCAUUUGGUCCUCGCUUGCCAUUAUGAUUCCAAAUACUUUCCACCGCAAUUGGAUGGUGAAGUCUUUGUGGGAGCCAGUGACUCAGCCGUGCCAUGCGCUAUGAUGCUAGAACUGGCACGUGCCCUGGACACACAACUUCAUUCACUGAAGCAGAUGAACUUGAGUGCCAGGCCAGAUCUCUCCUUGAAGCUCAUUUUCUUUGAUGGUGAAGAAGCCUUUGUUCGAUGGACCCCUUCUGAUUCACUCUAUGGCUCGCGAUCCUUGGCUCAGAAAAUGGCAGCUACUGCACACCCACCUGGUGCAACAAGUACAAAUCAGAUUCAGGGCAUUGAUCUUUUCGUGUUACUGGAUUUAAUUGGUGCUCGGAACCCAAUUUUUCCUGUUUACUUUCUCAACACUGCUCGUUGGUUUGCUAGACUUGAAGCAAUUGAACGAAACCUUCAUGACUUGGGUUUACUGAAGAAUUACCCUGCUGAAAGGCAGUAUUUCCGGAACGACUUACGAAGACACCCUGUUGAAGAUGACCACGCUCCAUUUCUAAGAAGAGGAGUUCCUGUCCUACACUUGAUACCGUCCCCUUUCCCUAGAGUGUGGCAUACAAUGGAGGACACAGAAGAAAACCUUGACAAGCCUACUGUUGAUAACCUCAACAAAAUUCUGCAAGUGUUUGUGCUGGAAUAUCUCCAUCUGUGAUAACAAUUUUGGUACCCACCUACCAGUUGCCCUCCUUUAACAUUUUUCCACAUGUACCUCUGGAUUUUUCUAAUACACUUUUGGAUUCUAUAGGAGUAAAAUAAAUGUAGGGAUAUAGGAUGCCAUUGUAUACUGAGCCAGAUAUUUGUUUUGUUCAUUUCCCACAGUAUUAUUCACACCGACUGGCAGCAUCUUUCCAGUUUCAAGGAGUCUUCUCUCCUUGCUUAAAUGUCAACCUUGGGCCAUCUUUAUGCAAAGUGUGUGAUCAACCACUGCCUACGUGAAUAAUGGAAAAAGAUGUAAAUCCCUUGGGAUUUAAUAUAGAAAGUUUUACAUUUUGUCUUUUGAUAGGAGUAUGGAGAGGAUCCAAAGCCCUUGUGACAACUGGAAUGAAAACAAAUACAUUUAUAUUCAAUUCUUUACUAAUAAGAAAAAUCUAUAGCAAAACACAGUUCACUGUCUUUCACUGCAGUACUAUAGUAGUAGACCUAAAUUCAAUAGUUAAUCCAGUACUUCUCAAAUAGUGGGGCGCGCCCCCCAGGGGGGUGCGAGGCUCCAUAAAGGGGGGCUCAUUUGACCAAUUUUAUAGACAAAUGAUACUAUUUACAGUCACGCGGGGGGCGCGAAAUGUUUUCUUCUUCCUAGGGGGGCAUGACAGAAAAUAAUUGAGAAGCACUGAGUUAAUCCCAGCCAGAGUAAAUCCACUGAAUCAACAGGAAGUUGGUGAGUCAAUAUUUAUGUAAAUUCCUUCAGGUCAAUGGAUUACUCUAGUUAGGACAAUCAAUCCAGUUUAGCCUCAGUUUGGGUGAGCCAAAAUCUUGGGUUUCACUAUCCUACACUAUAAUAUUCAAGAUUCCAUAAUAGUGACCUCAAGUUUUAAAGAACUAAGUGCCAUUUUCUUAAAAAUCCAAGGGUGAUAAUGUUGAACAACUUUGUUAUUUUAUUGCAUCUUCACUGGCGAAGACAGGUUUUGCUGAGAAACCUUGUUGGGAUUAACAACUGAAUUUAGGCCUGCUACUGUACAAUUAAAGAUAGGAAACUGUUUUUUCAAAAAGUUUAAAAAUUAUGAGCAUCCUGUAAUAUUCUGCUACCCAGAUGAAUUUCAGAAGUUUGCAGUUUCAAAGGACAUUUUCAGUGCCUGUGUCAUAGCAAUAAUUGAUUGUCCCCUCCCCACAAAUAACACCCAGUUACAACUAUCAAAAAAGUGGGGGAAAUAGUGGGCCCAGAUUAAAUCAUAAUGCUUAAAAAUUUUAAACUUCUUGGUCUGUAACCUGCAACCAUUUAUCUGCUGAGAAAAGAUCUCAGCUAGCUGUUUAAUCUCUUAGGCAAUUAUUCAACACUGGAUUUUAUGCUUAAAGCUGAAUCAUAGACAGGUAAUAGCAUCAAGUGGUACCACAGAACUCACCCCAACUUUUGAAACAUACGCAUUUCCAGGCUGUAUUUCUGUAUCCUUUAAAAUAUAUACUGCAUAUUCAUGAAAUAUUGUCUUGCUAAUUUCAUCUAAUAGUUCAGUCUCGGACACCUGCACAAAAGAGUAGCUUGCAUGCCAUAGUUACAAGGUGAGUGGACAACCUGUGACCAUGCAAAUAUUUUUGGACUGCAGCUCCCGUCAUCCCUCCCCAUUAGCUAUGAUGGUUACGGUUGAUGGGAGCUGUAGUCAAAUAUUUGAAGGGCCACACAUGGCCCACAUCUGCCAUGCAGUUACGUCCUUUUAGUUGUUUAUAUCACUUAUGAUGUCUGGUAUGUGUACAAGUACACCCAUACAGGAGACAGGAAACUUCAUCUGAUAAUGUUAGUCCCUUUACCAUACUCUGAAAUUAGGAUGGAUUGUGGGGUUUUUUUUUUAAGAUGAAUGUUUUGGUUUUUAGAUAUCCAUGAGUUAUGUUCUUGGUAUUUAUUCUUCCUGAUUGACAUUACUUCCCAUGUUUAGAUUGGUGAUAUCAGAUUCACAGGAUUGGCUAUUCUAUAUCACAGAGUUUCUUUGGUUCAAGCAAUGCUAGGAGUACAUUGAAAGCUGUUGGUCCAUCUAGCCCAGAACUGCCUAUACUGAUCAAUAGUUCAGAAUUUCUUCUGAUAGGAGUAUCUCCCACCACUACCUUGAAAGGCCAAAAUUGAACUGCAACCUUCUGCAUGCAAAAGGCACUAGUCAUUCAGUUCAAAGAUGAAAAUAGUGCUACCUAGAAAGUACUAAAUAAAUGUAAAAAGGGGGGAAUUUGCUUUGGCCAUAUGCAAUAUACCAGAGAAGGAACCAUUUACAAUUAUCUCUGGCCUGUAGAAACUCUAUUGCAUCGUGGUAGAUUUAAAUACAAAAGAACUGAAAUACGCAAAAUACAGCAUAUUGUAUUGGUUGCUAGAGACAAGCAGAAAGACUAUGUAGUAAGAUUAUAUAAGAUGUCCUCUUUUUUGACAUUAUUGACUGCAAUGCAUAAUUAACACAACACAAAAUAUUUUUUUUAAAGAAAAGAAACAAAUUAAUGCCCUCUUAUGGUCAUUUGUCACCAUCUACUAAUAUACACCAUACAUUUGGUUCUUAAAUAUCAUUUAUUACUAAUCUAUGAAAAUGCAGUGAUCUGGAUAUUAUUUUUAAAAGCUGGCUACCAUUCUUAGUGUUUACAUUUGGCUAGGCACGUUUCUUGUAGAUUGUCACUGAACAAUAAAACCAAAACCUUACUGGAA